CCACACACACACACACACGCACGCCAAGCAGCCCAUUUGCUGGAGGGGUGUGCAUGUGCGUGCGAGGGAGUGGAAAGGGGUGGCGGGGAUGGAGGAAGGGAAGCCAGGGGAAAGUCUGACACUCGGCGCAGAAGGAGCGAGACCCUCCGUCGCCGCCGGCGCCGCCGGGGAGGAGCUCGACUUUCUCGCAACGCCUCCCAAAACCCAGCCACCGGCCCCGGCCCCGCACCGGGCUCACCCCGCACCUCGCAGCCGCUCCGGCUCCCCGGCAGGUCUACUAGAAUAUAACACACUUAACUGAGGAAUUCCUUUCAUGAGCUGUAAAUUUCAAGUUUUGACCUACUGACUUCAUGAUAAAGAUAAUUCUCCAGUGGGAAUAAGAUGGUCAUCACAUCUUAAAAUAAUGUCCAAGAGUCAAGGAAAUGUCCUGGUUGGAGUAAACAAGUAGCUCAUCCAGUCUGCCUUUCUGGCACCAAGAGUGGAUUAAAUUUGGAUUGUUUGAAAUAGCAGGGAGGUAUUUCACCAUACUGCAAAAGAUACAGAAGAAGAGAGCAGAAUGAGAACGUCUCAGAUACCGAAUGCCUGCUGCCUGUUAUCUUUAGCGAUGCUGCUCCUUCCAGUCACUGGAACAUCAAAGCAAACUAUACCAAGACUGAAGCUUUCCUAUAAAGACUUGCUGCUUUCAAACAGCUGCAUCCCAUUCCUAGGAUCUACGGAGGGGCUUGAUUUUCGAACCCUGCUGCUAGAUGAGGAGAGGGGCCGGCUGCUAAUUGGGGCUAAAGACCACAUCUUCCUGCUCAACUUGGUUGAUUUAAACAAAAAUGUAAAAAAGAUUUACUGGCCUGCAGCAAAAGAAAAGGUGGAGCUAUGCAAAUUAGCUGGGAAAGAUGCCCACACAGAAUGUGCCAAUUUUAUCAGGGUUCUUCAGCCCUACAACCGAACCCAUGUUUACGUCUGUGGCACAGGAGCAUUUCACCCUCUCUGUGGAUACAUUGAACUUGGCACUCACAAAGAGGAAACAACAUUCAGACUGGAUACCCAGAACCUGGAGUCAGGCAGAUUGAAAUGCCCUUUUGAUCCUCAGCAGCCGUUUGCAUCUGUGAUGGCAGAUGAGUAUCUUUAUGCUGGAACAGCUUCUGAUUUCCUUGGCAAAGACACGGCUCUAACACGUUCCCUGGGCCCUUCUCACGACCACCAUUACAUCAGAACUGACAUUUCUGAACAUUACUGGCUUACUGGAGCAAAGUUCAUUGGAACUUUUCCCAUCCCGGAUACCUAUAACCCAGAUGAUGACAAAAUCUACUUCUUUUUCCGAGAAAUAUCACAAGAUAGUGGCACAUCUGACAAGACAAUUCUUUCUCGAGUUGGAAGAGUUUGUAAGAAUGAUAUGGGAGGUCAACGGAGCCUAAUAAACAAGUGGACUACUUUUCUGAAAGCCAGGCUUGUGUGUUCAAUACCUGGUCCUGAAGGAGCAGACACACAUUUUGAUGAGCUGCAAGAUAUAUUCCUGCUUUCUACAAGAGAUGAGAGAAACCCUCUUGUAUAUGGAGUCUUCACUACAACAAGCUCCGUCUUCAAAGGCUCUGCAGUUUGUGUGUACAGCAUGGCAGAUAUCAGAGCUGUUUUCAAUGGCCCCUAUGCUCACAAAGAGAGUGUGGAUCAUCGAUGGGUGCAAUAUGAAGGUCGUAUCCCAUAUCCUAGACCUGGUACAUGUCCAAGCAAAACCUAUGAUCCACUCAUAAAAUCUACCAGAGACUUUCCUGAUGAAGUCAUUAGCUUUAUAAAACGCCAUCCUCUGAUGUACAAAUCCGUUUACCCGGUGACUGGAGGACCGGUAUUCACUCGGAUCAACGUGGACUAUCGGCUGACGCAGAUUGUGGUGGAUCAUGUCAUGGCAGAGGAUGGGCAAUAUGAUGUUAUUUUCCUAGGAACAGAUGUAGGCACUGUCCUGAAGGUCGUGAGCAUCACCAAGGAAAAGUGGACUAAAGAGGAGGUGGUCCUGGAAGAGCUGCAGAUAUUCAAGCACCCUUCAUUUAUCUCGACUAUGGAGAUUUCUCAGAAGCAGCAGCAAUUGUACAUUGGUUCCAGGGAUGGAUUGGUUCAGCUCUCUCUGCACAGAUGUCACACGUAUGGGAAGGCUUGUGCAGACUGCUGCCUUGCCAGAGACCCAUACUGUGCCUGGGAUGGAAACUCCUGUUCCAGAUAUGCCCCCACUUCUAAAAGGCGAGCCAGAAGGCAAGAUGUCAAAUAUGGAGACCCGGUCGCACAAUGCUGGGAUGUGGAAGACAGCAUUAGUCAUGAAACUGCUGAUGAAAAGGUGAUUUUUGGCAUUGAAUUUAAUUCAACUUUUCUGGAAUGUAUUCCUAAGUCCCAGCAAGCCUCUAUUAGGUGGUACAUUCAACGCUCUGGAGAAGAACAUCGAGAAGAGCUGAAGGCAGACGAAAGGAUCAUCAAAACCGAGCAUGGGCUGCUGAUCCGCAGCUUGCAAAGACGGGAUGCAGGAGCCUAUUUCUGCAAAGCCCAGGAACACACCUUUGUCCACACCAUCGUAAAGCUGAAUUUAAAUGUCAUUGAGAAUGGGCAAAUGGAAGGCACUCAGAAAACUGAGGACGAGGAUGGCCGGGUGAGGGAUUUGCUGACAGAGUCCCGGCUGCGGUACAAGGACUACAUCCAGCUCGUCAGCAGCCCCAGCUUUAGCCUGGAUGAGUACUGUGAACAGAUGUGGCACCGGGAGAAACGGCGACAGCGAAACAAAGGUGGUGCCAAAUGGAAGCAUGUGCAGGAGAUGAAAAAAAAGCGAAACCGAAGGCACCAUGAGCCGGCCAGGCCACCAUCUACGUAGUUUGCAAACACUAUUUAAAGAAAGGACAUUUUCCACACACACAAAAAAAAAAACAACAAACAAACAAACAAAAAACUGUGUUAUGUUUUUGUGCAUCUUGCCUAUGAAUUAGUACUGCUUCUUACUGAAAUCAGAUAGCUCACCAUCACUAUUAAUCUGUACAAGACUGUACAAUGGGAUUCGAUACCAAAUGAGAUGUUCCUUAUUGGAGUACCACAUGCCAGGCAAUAAUUUUGAAUGCAUUCAUUAAAAAGAAAAGAUGUACACUUUUAGCUAUUUUCUGGGUAGCCUGAGGCUACGUGAGCUGUGUUCUGUACUUCUUGCAUAAUUUUCACAUAGGAUUUAGCGUCUGUGUUCCCAUGUUAAUAUUUGCUGCCAUGUUCCACCCCAGAGGUGGAUCCAUUUCAGGGGAGGGUAGAUGUAUUCAUAGUUCUUUGGCAUCUUUCUGAAUAAGAAGCACGGUAGAAAUGUGUGACAGAUCUGCAAAAAUACCCACUAAUUUACCCAUUGGGCUUGUAUACAGGCACAUGGGUGGGGUUUGCUAGCAUAGAGAGGCUCAGUGAAAAAUCAAAUUAAGUAUUGGUUUAGGGAUUACAUUGAUUUUCCCCAUUAAAAAAAAAAUAAAAUAAAUAAAAAAGAGAGAGAGAGAGAGAGAAAGCAUAAUCAGAGUUUAAGAGAGGGAAAUUAUCAAGCCUUAUUCAUUAGAGUUUGAUAGCCACCAGUUUGCAGUCCAUCUGCUGAAAUGAAAUGUUCACCCUAAUUGAAAUUGCCACUGAGAUGCUUGGGAGUAAAUUUCCUAAGUGGUGUGUGGGAGGUAUGUGCACAAAUCCUAUUAACAAAUAAUGGGAUUCCUGCCUGCACCUCUCCUGUCCCUCUCAGUGUUGUACUCUGGCUGUUUCUCUGGCCCUUUGCUAGCCUUAUUUUAUGCAGAGGAAAAGAAAAAUAAAAGACAACAAGAAAGCUAAAACAAAUGACGAUGAGGGAAGAUAUUUAGUGGCUGAGAUCAGUGCUCUUGACACAGAGCUGACAUUCCUCAGAUGUGUGUAUUCUUUGGGAUUUUCUCCCAAAGGUCUUAUGUAUUUUUAAGUUGAAAAUUUGCAUUGUCUGAAUUAAUACUUUUAUUAUAAAUAAAGAAAUCAAAAGAUGUCAAAGUGUAAAUAAAACUUGUAAGUUAGAAGUUUGCUGUAUACCAUGAUUCCAUUUGUAAAAUGUUCCUUGUUCCUCAAUUCAUAUUUUUGUUGUAGGAGUGUAAAUCUUUUUAAAUCAGGAAACCCUGGCCUCAUUCUUGUCUGUUUGACAUCAGUAUGAUUUUAUUGAACUUAUUCCUGAUAUGCAGCAACAAACACAAGCUCAAAAUCAGGCCUACUGUCUCUUCUCAUGAGUCACAGCCCUUCUUUCUUCUCUUCCAGCUAACGUCCUCCAUUUUGCCUUUCACGCCUUUUUGAGUGUGAAAUGACAAAUUAGCCACUUCCUCACAUGGAAGAGAGCUUUGAUGGAUACCAAAAUGACAGACUUUACUCGUUUCUCAUGCAUUCUACAGAUCAGGAGAACAAAGUCUGUGGGAAAUCCGUGUAAUUGGUGUGCGCCUCAUUAAGGAACAGAGAGCAUUGCUUCAGAAAGCUGCCCUUACCCAUGCUGGUGUUUGUGUGCACAUUCAGUCCCGGGUUGAUAACUGUGUAGCUACCAUUUUCAUCACUGUUCAUUUCCUUUCUGUUGUAAGUCAGAUACAGCAAUGUGUAUGUCAGACUUCAGAAAGGGAACUCAACUUACCCAUGCUUCCUGUAAAAACCAAAAGCUGAGUCUGCAUGUAUUGUAUAAAAGCCAGCAAUACCAUAUGUCAUUAAUUUUUAGUGUUUUUUUUUUUUUUUUUUUUUUUUUUUUUUUGUAGGAGAUGUAUGAGUUAAUUAGGAGAUACUAAAUGGCAUGCAUACAAUGCUUUGAUAGUGUAAAGCACUGAGUGCUAGAUACUAUAAUGUCUGUGGGGAGGAGGGAAUUUCUCAGCACAGGACCUUUAAUCAGCAGAAAGACUGAUGCUGAAGACACUAACCAGCAGUACAGUACUUUGAGCAUGUGCCGAGAACUUUUUUUUUUUUUUUUUUUGCCAUUUUUGCUGCAAAAUAACUUAGGCCAGGCAUUUCACAGGAGUCUCAUGGUUUUGAGUACCUUGAUUUUAAGGCCAAUUACAACUACUUAAAGGAGGUUUUGGGGGGUAAUAAACUACUAAAUGUAAAGCACCCUAUGACUGGCAUUCUCAAUAUUCUUGGCUGGAAGGUUGUACUGUCAUCAUACAGAACCUUCUCAGUUAUUCCUUAUUAGAUUUUUAUCAGUCCAUAAAGUCCCAUUUCUCUUACUUAAUACCUAAGUAAAUGAGUGGAAUCACAGCAAGGCUGUGGUCUGCAUUUACAUGCACUGACAAAGGGCCUACUCUUCUCGCCAGUGGUGACAGCAUUUUAAUUUUAGAAAACCAUCAUCUCAUGUUCACCUAGAAGCAAAUCAGUUCUUCUAUUUUUUUUUUUUAACGUCCUUCAUGAAAACUAAAUUACUUGAAUUAUGUUUAGAUAUAACUGAGGGUAUGUAUUCUAAAAAUGAAUCCUCGCCUCACUGACUUUAGUAGAAGUCUUGAAUGGCUAAGAGUCUCAGUGCUGGGAGCAUUAGAUUUAAAUGGUUGAAUUAAAAUGUUUUUACUCUAAAAAACAACUUUCAUUUCUUUUACUUCCAAUGUUGUUGCAAUGAGAUUCUUCUUAAAGAAAUUAUCUCAUCAGUGUGGGUAACAUAAAACCCCAAGUGAGAUAUAUGACCACUUCCAUCAUGGGGAAAUAAAUUCAAUAUCCUCCAAACCAGUGGCCUGUACUAGGUUCAUACCACCCCAAGGAGAAUAUUUAAUAAUAUUGCACUGAUAAAUGUCUCUGUUUUGAUACAUUGGAUAAGAGGUAUGUAUCCUAAAGCUGUCAGGGCUAGCUCAGUUUCUCAUGCACAGAAGAUCUGACAUGUCCAAGGAGGCCAGAGGAUGUUGGGGACCAGGGAUUGAAUAGGACAUGUCAAGGAUCACUUCAGAAAACAGGGUUUUGUUAGGCAGGACUCCAUAAUGCAAACCCAUCAGUAGGAGCAGGAGGAACCAUGGGUCUUUCAGCCACCUGCAGGCCCAGAGAGGAGUUUACAGCAUGAGCUACACUAGAAACUAGAUCAGUAAAGGAUUGGAAAGUAUAAUUUUCUUUUCAGAAUAAAUAAAUAAAUAAAUAAAUAAAUAAAUAAAUAAAUAAUCAUCUUGUGUAUAAUAUAAAGGCUAAAACCUAAACCUAACUAAAUUUCAAACUAAUGAUUUGGAUAUUGCUUGGGUUGCUACGAGCAGUACUAUGAGCAACAACAGGCUCAUAGUUAAAAUGAAACUGAGCCUUGCCUCCUGCAAGAGCCUAGUAAAAAGAAGUUGAACAAAGUUUUGUUCCACAGUGGAAAAAAAAAGUUGCCUCCACCUUAAUAACUGCAGGUUUUAAGCAGCUCCCUUAGUGCAUACUAUACAACAUAGAUAUUUAUUUAUGGAUUCAUUCAUCCAGGAGUCCAGUUAUUAAUACAUUAUCUUUUCCUUCAACAAAACCUGCCCACUGAUCCUGCUUCAGAAAAUGGCCAGUGCCUGACUGAACUGCAGUGGCUUUAAACAGAUUGCUAGAAUUACUAGCACAAUGUGAUCUAUAGUUAUAAAAAUGCUGAAAACUGACAUAAUCUUUAAAGCUCAACAGGGCCCUAAACUCUGUAGCAAUCUUGCAGUCGGUUAAAAUAAAACAGAAAAUGGGAUUAGCAGAAAAAGGAAUAAAGUAUUAACACUUAUUGUGAUAAAGUAGUUCCGUUACUGGAAACUGUUCCAACAGGUGUGAAUGUGUGUUCAUGCAUUAAGCAAAUACUUUCCUCUCCAAACAGUUUAACUUACACUUGCUUGAGGUAUCAACCUCGGAAUGUGAAUGCUUUCCAAUUCAUAAGUAGAUUUUAGACCUGGUCCUCAUGUCACUCAUAAUGCAGUAAUUAGGUUAGACGCUACAACUUUCCUUUAGUUCAUGUGCUUUUCUGAAAGUCAUGACUUUCCCUACAGUUAAAAUGCUAUAAAGUCUUUAAUAUAUCCAUUAUACAUAUUGAUCUACAUUUAAAAUUUCAGAUAACGAUUGUUUGUUAUUUUUACUCAUUAUUCGUAUAAUUAGUCCAUGUGUCUCAUAAUAAUAUCUCAAUAUUUAAUAGAAACUAAUGGAAAUUGAUUUUGCUAAAGUGUUGUCACAUGAGCAUAUGUGUAUACCAGGACAUAUUUGAAUGUGUUAUGUUCAUUUUGUAAUAGAGUGUAAUUGAAAAAGACAAAUAUGAUUUUUAGAGCUAAGGUUCAGAUAGGCUCCCACUGACAACAAAGAUUAAAAUCGUAUUGGAACCAAAUCACAGCCUAAGUAGAUUAUACUCUAUUUACAGUCUAGUAGUCAAACAGCCAAAGCUAUGGGUUAUCUGGUACAGUAUAUUGGCCCGGUUCUUGCAUACUCUUGUAGUUGAGAUGUGGGGGUCUAAGGAAUGACAUUUAUGUGAAUGGAAAAUUAAGCCCACGUGUCUCUCUAAUAUAUUCUGUUACAUUUUAUAAACAA